AUGCCACCGCAAACAAAGGCGCUGUUGGCUUUUGUCACGUUUAUUUCCUCAGAAAUCAUUGCCGGAGGCAGUAUUAUUGCAGGUAUAGUAAGAUAUAGAUCAUAUCUGACUUAGCAUUAUGUAGGAUAGCAAAACAUAGGUUCCUCAAGGGAUUACUGGAAAAAAAAAAAGAAAUAUAUGGGUCACACUGACAAACUGAUAAAGAUAUAGGGGAGCGAUUCACCUGCUGAAGACAGAGAUUCUAUGAUAUUGUGUUGCUCACAUAUUGACAAUAUUGGACCCUCUGGACCGUUUGACAGAGAAAAACCUGAUCGCUUAUUGUAUACUUCCGCAAUAUACUUUUUAGCCCCCAAAUAUUUCCAAUGGCGUACGUUGUUGAUUUCGUACCAAUCGUACCACGCUACUGAAGAAAAAUGUCGAAAAAUAGCUGUCUAAUUUAUUGUAAGGAACUCGCGAUGUGUCUUCAACUGCUCGGUCCAGUGCCUUCUAUACAUGAGACUGUCAUGUUCAUGACACCCAUGAUGAAUUUUUUUUUGCCUCCAAAGACAGCGAAUGCGUAAACUUCACAACUCUGAGCGACAAGAGUAGAUCAAGAUUUUUCUCCAAAAACGUAACUAUAGACAGCGACAUUUAUCUAAAGAACUGGUUUGCAUUUAACGGAUCAGCCGGAGACCUCAUUGCAACCUCAUGUGUUGAAUCCAAUCAUUGUGGUACCUCAGUACCAGGAUGGAUGCUGGGAAGACAUCCAAGUGUCGUCGAGGGUGUGGUCAGACGGUUUGCUUGCUUUUCUCAAAAACAGCAAUGCUGCGUGUAUUCUGUGAGCAUGCGUGUAAGAAACUGCAGCUCUUUCUAUGUGUACAAGCUGGAUUCAAUGCCUUCAUCCUCCGUCAGUUUUCGCAUGUGUGGAGCUGGCAUCAAAGGUAUACUGCAAAUGCUAUUUGGACUAACUUACAUCUUCUUUUUAGAUCAAAAAGUUUUUUAACAUCCUUUAUAAAAUUUAAGUUAUUUGUCCCCGUAAAUACGCGAAAACAUCUGCUAAAUAACUUUAAUAACUGGCGUAGAUUGGCGAUUCAAAACUUACAGAAACAAUAGCAACAUAAUCGACUUACUUCAAGCGUUAAGCUGAUCGAUCGAAAAAUUAAACUCAGUUUGCAUAAGAAUUUGAUAAGCAAAACAAUUCAAGACUAUAAAUUAAAAGAAACAAGUUUCGGUAGAGUUUUUCAUUUUGGCAAGAAUGUAGGGGCAAAGAUUGGAGUUCUGAAGCAAAGAGAUAAGAAAAAUUUUAACCAUUUCCUAGCCUGAUAAGAUAAACUGUCUUUCCAGACCGUUCACUAAUUUUCAGCGUUAUUGUCUUUGCUUGUAGGAGUUUUAUCCAGUGUUGAAAAGGCCAUCAACAAAUCUUCAGGUACUGAAAAAGCUGACUGAAUGUUUUCUUCUACAAUAAUUCUUGAACAAAAUCUGUUUUCCUGGUGUAAUCGUAUAGAAUAUAAUGCUUUGAAUUACGACAUCCAGAUUUGGAUUCUUUAACUCCAGGGCAGACCGAUUUGGCAGUGGAUUUCAUUCAAUCCGUUUAAACACAAAAAUCCUUGAGAUUCGAAAUCUGGAUUUCAAAGGUAUAAUCUAUAUUCUUUAGCCGAAAGUACACCAUGAUGGGUAGCUUAAGCUAUCGUACCAUAAUCAAGUAAAAAGGCUUUAACAACGUUUUACUUUCAGGAAAUAGCGGUGAUGAAUGUUCUAGCUACCAGUCCCUAGAAGGACGCGAUAGAGCCGCGGACUACUUCAGUUACAACACAAUGAAGUGUGACGCUAAUCUACCACGAACAUGGUACAGAUUUACCGGCCCAGCAGGGGCUGUCAUGCCAACACACUGUGUUCCCAAACUGCACUGCGGCACACUCUCUCCUGGUUGGCUAAACGGCAAACAUCCUACUGUGGAAGAACGGGUGGUGGAACGUAUGGUUUGCUUUACGAACAAUGAUGACUGCUGCUUCUGGUACAGCGAAGUUAGAGUCAGGAAUUGUAGUGAUUUCAUGGUGUAUAACUUUGGUGAAUUUCCUGCAUCUCAGCCGUUUUGCAGUUUGCGAUACUGUGGAGUUGGAAAAACAGGUAUGUCAAAGGGUGUAAAAGCAAACGUUAAGUGCGGAUUGUUUUGACCAAACCCAUAUCAUGCGACAGACGUCGGAAUUCAGUCCAUUGAACAUUAACAGCUGAUAACAAAGCAACUGAGUUUGUGGUUUCAAUUUUACCAUUUUUGAAUUCUUAGGAACCCACUAUUUCUCGACUACUGCUCAAAAUUGAUUUUGGUCAUAUGAAGGUCCCGUGCUUAAACACAUACAUUUAAAUGAUUUCGCAGGUGUUCUCGGCACAGUUCUUGAAAACGCUCGCCCUUUUUUAUCGCGCUCUUUCCGCCUCCUAACGAUAAAGCACUGAAUGUCAUUAAAUUUGGAUUCUUGCAAUCUUCCCUUUAAAAAUUGAUCGAGAAGCAUGUUGAAGGAUGCCCUCGCGACCAAGCGCAAAACUGACUUACUCAAAUUUGUUUCCAGGCUGUAAAGACAAACAUGGUAAUGUUUUCGAAGUUCAUCAGACUUGGAGCCCAAACCCACUCAUUAACUGCACAUGUUUGCCUGGCUUUAAAGUCGAGUGUAAAAAACUCAAAGUGGUUGCUGGGAUAGCCUUGGCAAUGCCUUUGGGAAUGGGCAGGAAUGGCUUAGCAGCAGCCUCACUAAAUGUGUCUGUACUGACGAACAAAUUUACUGCAUCAAUUUUUCUCGACCGGCUUGCACUGAUGAAAAUGGCCUUGCCAGGAGCAUGGCACUAAUUGGUUCCCGGACCUUGUUUUAACUGCUCGUGCACGGAUGGUGUCAUCAGCUGCGUAAAGUAUGAUGUCACUGUUGAAUAUGGCUUGUUCCAGUUGACAACAGCUGGAAUUUGUUUACCCUGUCGACAGCCAAAUGUUGAUAUUAAGCCUCCUGGACAGGGAACUAUUAGCAAUUGCAAAGGUUUGUUUCAUUGGCAAUGAAUGGAAUCAAAUGUCAUCUAGGUGAACAUAUAGAGUAGUAAUAUAUAGAUUUAGCCAGGGCUAAAAGCGUCGCUCCAGUUAUUUAACUUCUAAUUCCAGACAAUAACGUUGUAAUCCACUAAUCCAUAUGACUUUUAGGGGUGGUGCUGGGUGAUUUAAGAGAAAAAAUAAUUUGCAAACAGUGCAAGAAUAAAACAACAUCUAAAGUCCUACACCCAAUAAAUAGUAAUCACCUUGGAUCACAGUAGAUUAGGCGUGUAAAACAAAUUCUUCCCAAGCAAAAUGACCACCUACACCACGUUUAUUUUAUAAGGGUAUGUGGACAAUCCCGAAAUAAAUAAUUUUAUACUCUCAAGGCACGAUAGUCCUCGGGAUCGGUGGCAGCCAAUUUACACGCAGUAUAUGUAACUUUUCUUUUUUAUCUCUCUGUCUAAAGCAAAGGCCAAAAUGAAAAUUUAAACAGGCGGGAUUUUUUUUGCUACGCUACAAGUUUACUUUACAAAUCUGUUGCUGGUACCGCGUAAACCAGUGGUCAAUUUAAUAAAACUUUUACAAGUGUAGCUAUUGAUCUCAGAAUGCAAAACAACAGCUACACUUGCAAAUUACAAUUGCAAAAGUUUUAUUAAAUUGACCCCAGCCUUUUUGCAUUAGCUCCGAGGUAAACAGAACUAUCAGGCGUUGUUUGUCUAUUUUAAUAUGUUCAGACCUUCUGCACUCUUUACAGAACAAUCCGCUUACAAGACAAAUUACACUCAUUCAAUCUUCAGGACGAUCGAACCACGCGCUUCCCUUCCACAACAAAUUUUAAAAAUGACAACCACAUAAAAAGUUACAAGUAUAGAGACAAUUCACCAUUAGACCAUUAGACGGGACUGUUCAGUCAGGUCGUUCUGCUGUUAUGCAAUUAUACAGGGUAUUUUAAUCGCCUUUGAGAAAAAAACUUUCGAAAACAUCUAUUUUUAAUGCAAAUUCCAAAAUCACCCGUCCGCUUAGCCACUUCUAAAUUUUGCCAAGAUGAGUCCAAACUUACAGACCAGGCUGUCAAAUGUUUGAAUGAACACUAAGUAGUAAAAGGUCUCAGAAUCAUUUUCGUGUGCAUUUUACUUCUAAAGUCCAUUUUCAUUUGAUACACGCUGCAUUUUGAGUUCUCCUGUAUGCGAUGUUCAUGUACGACUGAAAACAACAACCGUAAAAGCGAUAAGAAAGAGAUCUUGAUAAACAAUCAAGACAAGAAAAUAAUAUAAUUAAAUGAAACAUUUAAAAAGACAACAAUGUUUAUUCACGAAGAUAUGUUUGAGUCAUGAGUGAAACGUCACAGAUUUUCUCCGUGUUUCAGUUGCUGUUUUUAAAGAUGAACUCGAGGCGAGAAUAGCGCGCAAAGCUUCAACCUAAUAGUUCGUAAUAAUCUUAAUAUUCUUCAGAACGUUCCCUUUCUAGUCGUGGCUAGAAAAUGUCUAAAGACUUUUUAAAUUCUAUACUAGGUUAGAUCAUUGUCUCAAAUCUUAAAAAAAUAAUGCGCGUAAAGUGACGGCAUAAACAUUGUUCAACUUCAUGAAUAAGAAACCAGGAGAGAAAACAUCAAAUGCAAUACUGUAAUUAAUCAAGCUUACCGGUCGAUGCAGCUCGUAAUUGCCAUCAAGUAAGGCCAGAAUUGCUGACGAUUAGUUUCAACCCUUUUUAUAUACGCAUCAGGCAAGGCGAAGUACUAAGAAAAGCUUAUUUUUGAAAGCUUACUUUUUGUCAAGAGGCGCAUUUCUCAACCAAUCCCAAUAAACACGCCAACUAAGAAUAACAAACGAAUCUUGUUAACAGCUGUAUUUGAGUAGAUCCAGUGCAAAAAGAAUGUUGAUUUAUCCUCUUUUGUUAAAACAUAGUAAGAUGGUACAAAACGAUGUCGGAUUCAGCUAUCAGUAAACAUUCUCCAGAUGCAACAGAGACACUUCUCUUCGGCGAUCCUCUUCGCUAGGCCUUCGACUGAUAAUUCUCCCUCUCGGCCUUUCUCUUCUUUCUCUUUCCCGUCGCUCUUCACUUAUAAGCAAAUACGUUGAAUUUAAUCCGCUAUUGUUUGUUGCCAUAACAAUUUUUUCGACGGUCACGGUCACAAAAUACUUAAGUUAUGAAAUACUUAAAAACAAGUUCCUAAAAUAAAAAAGUUCUUUAACGUAACAACAAUGGUCACACCACUUCUUGCGCGAUUUCCCGCCAAGAAAAACCGCGGGUUGCACAAAUUCAUCGCACGGUUUCCUGCAAAGAAAAUAUAACAUACUCCUCCCCGCGACGGGGGGACACCUGAUUUCCUUCCCUCACCCCCAAAGAGUGUACGGAAGGACGCAGUACGCUGACGUCAUAACCAAAUUUUCUCGGAUGGGUAGACAACUAAAUUUUCUUACCCAUGGUGCUUCGCUGCGUGCGUUUCGCGCGCGAGAGAGCUAUGCUAUAACGGUCUUGAAAACCCUGAAACUGUUUAUUCUAAAAUAUUAUAGUUUGCCAGAACGUGUUAGCUGGCAAUAACUCAUCAUUAACUGUUACAAGCUGUCUUUUAUCGUGUCUAUUGAUGGCCUAUCAGUAUAGAAGAUAAACGACGAACGUAAGUAGAACGAAACCAUAGCUGUUUAAUUUCUCCAGGAAAAAAGAGGGGAAAAUCACAAAGUAAAAUAAACUGAACAUUAAACUUUACGAUCUAAUUUGUCUUUUAUGAUUUAGUCUUUUUUCAGCUUAAGAAUUCAAAUGGAUUAUUUCAAUGCACAAACGGCGCCUUUAUAAAGAAAGAACAUGUUUGUAAUGGAAACGCCGAAUGUUUAGAUGGGUCUGAUGAGGCUGAUUGCCAGGAUGGUGAGUAUUGUGCUCCAUGGAAUUCUAACAGUCCCGCAAACAAACAGUAGAGAGCGUUGGUUGCACCUGGACAGGAGUCGAUUACCCUGACCUGUAUAAAAGCUGCCCUGUCCACACUAAUUCGUUUUCAAAAGUAUGAGUUUUCGAUUAGUAUGCGAUUCUCAUCCACACUACCACUUUGAUGCGUUUUCGAUUGUCCUCACUAAAAUGUUCGAAAACGAUAGAAUUGCUUGUUGUGACGUAAGUAGAACUCUGUGCGCAUGCUACAAACACACGCGCCUGCGAUAUUUUCGGUCAUCGUUUUCAUUUUGAUGCGUUUUCGACUGCUCAUAAUAAUACGAUAUUUAUGCGCUUUCGUUUUAAUUCACUUCCAACAGCGCUUUCAAAUCGAUGCGUUUUCGACGAAAACGCUCAGCAUCGGAAUGCACGCGUUUUAAAACAUGCAUAAGACCCCCCCAUAGAGGCUAUUUGCAAGACACUUAUAUAUAUAUGGCAAUAUUUUGUGUCUGUAUUUUUUCUUUCCAUUUUUUUAGUUAUCUGUAGGGAUGAACAAGGUCAGGUUUUGGUUCUCAAAGACGUUUGGAAG